UUGUUAUGGAACAGUCACAUUUUUGUUAUGUCGAUUGUCGUCCGGGAUAAAACGUUGAAGAAUAUAGUUUUUUCGUAAAAGUGUCAGUGAAUACUUAAUAAAUAUUGUGCUAUGCGUGGAUUCUAAAAAAGGUUAGUAAUUUUGAACGUAUAGAUGAAUGUGACAAAUAGGUACAACAAAACACGCAUGUUUCCAUUUAUGACUGUCUCAAGAAAAUUAAUCAUAACAUUAAAUAUCGCUGUUUAUGGACAAGUGGACAUUUACCUUAACCUCCUAUGAAUUUGAGUCGAGAAGCAAGAGCUAAUAAUUAAUAAAGAAGGAAGAAGACAGCCUGUAUAUGAUGUAUAUAGUGUGUAUGUAAUGUAUUUAAUUUCCCAAAAACAAUGAGUAUUUGUGCAGUAAAAGAUUGCACUAAUUCGUUCCGUAAAACCAAAAUGAAAGGCCUCACAAUCAAAUAUUUUACGUUUCCAAAAAACGCGGAAUUUAUUGAGGCGUGGCGUAGAGUAUGCAGAGAUGGAAUAAAUGUGAAGUAUGCGAGGAUAUGCUCGAAACAUUUCGAAUCCUGGUGCUAUGAGAAGUCAGCACAACAGAUUGCAUUAAACUAUUCACCUUUAAGAGGACGGAAAUUACGAGCGGACGCAAUCCCCACACUGUAUUUAUUUUCGGAACCGCAUAUGGCUGCAGAGCCAACACAAUCCGUUGAUUGUAAACCAAAGGAAAUUCUUGAAGCAAUGCAGGAGAAUAUCCAACUGAUAAGUUCACAAAUAGUAUUGGAUGGUGCUGAAGUAGCAUCACCUAAAGCUCUUAAUGUAAAAGUAGAGAAUACUGAUUAUGCACAACAACUAAAGAGAACUCCAGUAUUCAAUAGUAAUACCAAAGAAGCAGCAGCAUCAUCUUGUUCCAUCAACUAUCCUACAACAAUAGAAAAUCUACAAAUAGAGCUUAAUAAAAUUAAGAAGGCAUUUACGCUGUUCAUUGAGAGGAGAGAAAAAGAAAAGAUUAUGGAAAAAAAAGAAAGGAAAAAACAAAUGGAGCAACAUACGCGGGAAGUUCUCAGUCAAAUUUUUACACCGGGUCAGAUCAAAGUCUUGAUGAAUCGAACAAAAAAACGUGUGGUUUGGUUAUCAGAAGAUAUUGCAAACGCAAUAUCGUUACGUUGUGUAAGCCCAAAAGCAUACCGGUACUUGCGUAAUGUACUGAAAUAUCCGCUUCCUGGCCUGUCAACACUCCGCAGAUACACCGCAUCUAUUAAAACUGCUGAGAAAUCAUUUCCUCGAUUAAGGAUUCAGCAGAGAGGAACGGUUAAUUUACGAGGAUCCCAUCCAGAAACUUUUGGCGAUCAAUGUAAAGAUGUCAGAGUGGCGUUCGUGAUACCACAGUAUCAACAAUAAUAAGAUUGGAAAUAAGAUCGUUUAUGUUAGAAACAUUACUUUAAAAACUAUAAUUGCGUGUCGAAGAUCAUCCCGUCUGCUAUUUGUCGUUAUUCGUGAUUUCUUCGGAAGAAAAGCAACUUUUAAAAUCACUCGAUGAAUUAGACGUCACAGACACAAUUGAGGAUGAAAGCUUUAAAGUACAUGGCUGGGCUACGUAGUAUCCGAUUAAAAAAUCGAUGUAUCGAUUAAAAAAUAAAUAUCAAAACUUCGGAAUCGUAACCCAUCUCUUGCCAGCUGUCGACAACAUGGACUGACUGCAAUUCAUUUCGCGAGGGAAUUGCCUGUAUCCAUCCGAUGAACUUAACUACAAACUGCAAGUAUGAAUGCAGAAUUCACACGGUACCACGGGUCCAAUCUUUGUAAAGAUGCAUUUAUUUUUAAAACGUCAACAAAAAUUAAGGCAUUAAAAUCCAUCCAAUAGAAAUACCUAAAGAGAUUAUACUAUGUUUAGGCCCGGUUGUUCCACCUUUUGCUAAAUUUUAUCUGUGUUGGGUAUAUAAGAAGCAAGAUUACCCAUUCACAUGCACGGAUUGCCAGAUUUAUCUAAUAAGUAAAGUUUACCAAAAAGUGGAACAACCAGCUCUUAGUACGAACGUGAAAUAUAUUCGAGUUCGAGAAAUAAAUCGGGUGAUUGCCAUAAGAAACAAAAUCAGAAA